UCCCGGCCCCGCCCUGCCCGCCCGGGAACAUGCCCAAGAAAGGAGGGAAGCAUGCUGUAACAGGAAAAGAGAUGCAGGUGCAGUGUAAACGACUGAAGGUGGAAACAGCCUUUUCUCCAUCAGUCAUGAAUUUUGAGAGCCCAGACAGCCUCUUCAGAAGCUUGAUCUCUCCCGUUGAACACGAGAAGUUCUUCAGGGAGUAUUGGGAGCAAAAGCCACUGCUGGUUCGGAGAAAUGAUCCCCUGCUGGCUUCUUACUAUCAGUCCCUGUUCCAGCUGUCAGAUUUGAAGGGACUGUGUGGGCAGGGUCUAUACUAUGGUCGAGAUAUAAACAUCUGCAGGUGUGUGAAUGGAAAAAAGAAAGUUUUAAAUAAAGAAGGCAAAGUGAACUACAUGCAGCUGAAGAAGGAUUUUGACCAGAAAAAGGCAACAAUACAGUUUCAUCAGCCUCAGAGAUUUAAGGAGGAGCUCUGGAAGAUUCAGGAGAAGCUGGAGUGCUACUUCGGGUCUCUGGUGGGGUCGAAUGUUUAUAUUACUCCCCAAGAGUCACAGGGCCUUCCCCCUCACUACGAUGAUGUUGAGGUGUUUAUCCUUCAGCUAGAAGGCGAGAAACACUGGCGACUCUAUAAACCAACAGUGCCUUUAGCUCGGGAAUAUAAUGUUGAAUCAGAAGACAAGAUUGGGAAUCCCACACAUGAAUUCAUAUUAAAGCCAGGUGACUUACUGUACUUCCCAAGAGGGACUAUUCACCAAGCUGACACUCCUCUUGGAAUCUCCUAUUCUACACACGUGACCAUCAGUACUUACCAAAACAACUCUUGGGGAGAUUUCUUGCUGGAUACAAUUCCUGGCCUUGUGUUUGAUGCUGCAAAAGAAGAUGUGGCACUGCGGAGGAGCAUUCCAAGGCAACUGCUUAUGCAGGUGGAUAUAGCUGAAUCGACAAAAAACUUGAGUAGCCUUUUAAGAAGGCUUGCAGACCGUCUGGAAAACACCAAAGAACUGAGAUCAUCUGACAUGAAGAAGGAUUUCAUUAUGAAUCGGUUGCCACCUUGCUUUGGAUGCGACUCUGAUCCUUUGACUCCAGGUGGGAAAUUGCCAAAAAUAGAUAGCAAAAUCAGACUGCAGUUUAGAGAUCAUGCUAUCAUUACAGUGGAACCAGAUCAAGAUAAUUCUGAUGAAGUUCGCAGAGACAUGGUCUAUGUUUAUCAUUCUUUAAAGAACAGGAGAGAGUCUCACAUGAUGGGGACAGAAGAUGAUACUGCCAGCGAGGCAGGCACAUCACAGCAGACUCAUGGACUCAGGUUUCCUUUGUCACACUUGGAUGCACUGAAGCAGAUUUGGAGUUGCAGCACGGUUAAUGUUAAAGAGCUUAACCUUACCUCAGAUGAAGAGAAAGAAAACCUUGCUGUGUCACUAUGGACUGAAUGUCUAAUUGAAGUUAUUUGAUGCUUUUGUGAAUUAGCUGCUCCUGUAAGUAGUACUUCUGCCCAUUAAGAAUCCCGUGACAGAAAGAGUUAUUAAAUUACUUUUUUAUCCAUCCA